AUGCUAACAAAUUGGUACAGAGGUUUAUUUUCUUUUUUGCAGAAAUAUGAAAAGAACAAAACAAAGUCAUCCGCACAACAUCGGCCAUCUCUCUAUGAUCCACUCUCGCCGGCGACUUCAUCACCUUCGACGACAACACCUCGAAGCUACGACGUGGACAACUGAAGCUCCAGCCGCACCCUAUCUCCACAGACUUCACGCGUACAGACUGCCUUGCCGUUCAACCAGCUUCGGCCUUCCUCACAUCGCGAUUGCAACACCGAUCGAUUCUCUCACGCCACACACAAUCUCUAGGCACUACACGGGUAGACCAAGGAAUUUGAAGCGAAGCAGAUCGGGAAGAAAUGCAAAGGAUUUAGCAAAUUUGCGCGGAUCAGAUCCAACACCGUCAACACGCCACAACCAAGAUCUACCGUAUAACACCACCGCCGAUCCAUAA